UCCUUCUUCCUCAUUCGUAAUCUGUGUUAUCCAACCACUACCUCUGCCAUCACUACUGACCCAAUCAGAUUCAUGGCUUCAAUCACCAACAAUUUCAUAUUCAAAUUCCCUAUCUCUCUUUCCACCCUCCCUAACCUCCUACCUCUUCAUUCUUCUUUACCUUUGAUUACUAAAACUCAUUCCCCACCAAUAAGAGUCACAGCUUCUCAUCACAUACGUUUAAUUACAAAAGCCACAGCAGCUUCAGGUGCCAAGGAAACAGAAAGCAAUGAAAGGGUUCAGCGUGUCCAUAGCAUACAAGAGUUCGACGAAGCGCUUCAAACAGCCAAAGACAAACUCGUUGUUGUAGAAUACGCCGAAAGAACCAGUUUUGAGAGCAGCAAAAUAUACCCUUUUAUGGUGGACCUUAGCCGAAGCUGCAGCGAUGUUGAGUUCCUUCUAGUAAUGGGUGAUGAAUCAGAAAAGACAAGAGAACUUUUCAAGAGAGAGAAAGUUGAAAAAGUUCCUCAUUUUAGUUUUUACAAGAGCAUGGAGAAGAUUCACGAAGAGGAAGGUAUUGGUCCUGAUCAGCUUGUUGGGGAUGUGUUAUACUACGGUGAUAACCAUUCUGGUGUCGUGCAACUGCAUAGUAGGGAGGAUGUGGAGAACCUUAUUGCGGACCAUAAGGUUGACCACAAACUUAUUGUGCUUGAUGUUGGGUUGAAACAUUGUGGGCCCUGCGUUAAGGUUUAUCCAACGGUUAUUAAGCUGUCGAGGCAAAUGUCUGAUUCGGUUGUGUUUGCGCGGAUGAACGGUGAUGAGAAUGAUAGUUGUAUGCAGUUCUUGAAGGACAUGGAAGUGGUGCAGGUUCCCACGUUUCUAUUCAUUAGAGAUGGUCAGAUUCGUGGAAGGUACGUGGGUUCAGGGAAAGGUGAACUUAUUGGUGAAAUUCUGAGGUACCAAGGGGUGCGUGUGACUUAUUAAUUAAUCGAAAAAUUGUUGUGUACACAUUAUGACCAUAGUUGUGUGUGUAUGCUAAAUUAAUUAAUAUUAAGGUGAUAAGUUUGUUAAAUUCGAAUGAACAUAUUAGGCCUAAUUGGUGAUAGCGAUAAAGGGUUUAAAUCCUUUAUGAGAAAGAAAAAUGCUAAAUUUCACUAUUGUUUUUGGAAAUCCGUAUGAAGCAAUGUGGUUCCGUGGUAUUGUGUUACUUUUUAAAAAUUCCUUAUAUAUUUAUGAUGUGUGUAGUUUUAGUUUAGGUCGUUUACA